AAAUAGAAACAAAGUUGGUCACAAAUCACAUUGGCUUUGCCUGAAGUUUUUUUGUUGUUUUUUUUUUUUUUCACCUUCUUAAGCAUGCGACCAUGGGGAAAGUGAUCACUGUUGCCACGGGGGGGAGUGGUUUGGUGCCGAGGCAAAGGCUGUAACUUCUACCAUGGUACCUGUUGAAAACACAGAGGGCCGCGGUCGUCUGAACCCGAACGGGAGACCAGCCGAGACUGAUGGCAGCGGCAGAGCCAGCGGCAGCCGGCAUCCUCCCUGGGCCAGAGGUUGCGGCAUGUUUACUCUCCUGUCAUCUGUCACCGCUGCUGUCAGUGGCCUCCUGGUGGGCUAUGAACUUGGGAUCAUCUCCGGGGCUCUUCUUCAAAUAAGAACCUUAUUAGCUCUGACCUGCCAUGAGCAGGAAAUGGUGGUGAGCUCCCUCCUCAUUGGGGCCUUACUUGCCUCUCUCAUCGGAGGGGUUUUAAUUGAUAGGUAUGGAAGGAGGGCUGCCAUCAUCUUGUCAUCCUGUCUGCUUGGACUUGGAAGCCUAGUCUUGAUAUUCAGUUUAUCUUACACGGUUCUCAUAGUGGGACGCAUUGCUAUAGGGGUUUCCAUUUCCCUCUCGGCAACCGCCACUUGUGUUUACAUCGCCGAGAUUGCCCCGCAACACAGAAGGGGUCUUCUUGUGUCACUGAACGAGUUGAUGAUUGUCAGUGGCAUUCUUUUUGCCUACAUUUCAAAUUAUGCAUUUGCCAGCGUUUCCCAUGGCUGGAAGUACAUGUUUGGCCUUGUUAUUCCCUUGGGAGUUUUGCAAGCAAUAGGGAUGUACUUUCUCCCUCCAAGUCCCCGGUUUCUGGUGAUGAAAGGACAGGAGGAAGCUGCUGGCAAGGUUCUGGGAAGGUUGAGAGCCAUCUUAGAUACAACGGAGGAACUCACUCUGAUAAAAUCUUCCCUGAAAGAUGAAUAUCAGUAUAGCUUUUGGGAUCUAUUUCGUUCGAAGGACAAUAUGAGGACCCGAAUAAUGAUAGGCCUAACACUGGUAUUUUUUGUACAAAUCACUGGCCAGCCGAACAUAUUAUUCUAUGCAUCAACUGUUUUGAACUCUGUUGGCUUCCAAAGCAAUGAGGCAGCUAGCCUCGCCUCCACGGGGAUUGGGGCUGUCAAGGUCAUCAGCACCAUCCCCGCCACGCUGCUGGUGGAUCACUUUGGAGGUAAAACCUUCCUCUGUGUGGGCACUUCCGUGAUGGCAGCCUCAUUGGUGACCAUGGGCAUUGUGAAUCUCAACAUCCACAUGAACUUCACCAACAUCUGCAGAAGCCAUAGUCUUAUCAACCAUUCCUUGGAUGAGUCUAUGUUUUAUGGCCCAAGCAACUUGUCGGCCAGCAGUGACACUCUUAGAGAGCCCUUUAAGAAGAUCACUUCCCACAGCAAAAGCUCAGUAAUGCCCCCAAGAAACGACAUGGGUAAGAGAGGGGAGAUGACCUCAGCGUUCUCACUAAAUGCUGGACUAAGCCAGACUGAAUACCAGAUCGUCACAGACCCUGCGGAAGUCCCACCUUUUUUGAAAUGGCUAUCCUUAGCCAGCUUGCUUGUUUAUGUUGCUGCUUUUUCAAUUGGUCUAGGAACAAUGCCCUGGCUGGUGCUCAGCGAGAUUUUUCCUGGUGGAAUCAGGGGACAAGCCAUGGCUUUAACUUCAAGCAUGAACUGGGGCAUCAACCUCCUCAUCUCUCUGACGUUUUUGACCGUGACCGAUCUCGUCGGACUGCCCUGGGUGUGCUUUACGUAUGCAGUCAUGAGCGUGGCAGCCCUGGUGUUUGUUGUUGUGUUUAUACCUGAGACAAAGGGAUGCUCUUUGGAGCAAAUAUCAAUGGAUCUGGCAAAAGCGAACUAUGUGAAAAACAACAUUUGUUUUAUGAGUCAUCACCAAGAGGAAUUAGCACCAGAACAACCCCAAGAAGAAAAACCUCCAGAGCAGCUCUUGCAGUGUAGGGGACAACCAGAACCUUAUACACGUUGAUCCAGUAUAAGAACAUUUAGUAUGAUGUCUUCAUACCAGUACUCACUGGCCACUCCCAGGUUUUGUCUUCAGUGUCAUGAAGCUAGUUUUAAAGGGACACUCUGCAAUUACCUUUAAUCUCCACCCGCGGUAGGUAAAUGAGGCAUAAGGUCCCAAGCAUCCAUUGCUUUAAGCAGGACACCAGGUUAAAAACAAAACACUGUGUUUCAACACUUUCCACCUUUUCACAGAGCACCUUUGAAAAACUGAACUAUAGUGAUGGGAUCUCCUUUUGCCUUAAGAAAUGUAUGUAUACAGGCCAGGUGCAGCUUUAUUAUUCAGAUACUAAGUGGUCUAAACACAAGCUUAUAGUUUUCUUUUCUCCUACUAAGACACUACUUGCACGGGGUCUUGGGUAAAAAAGGGCCCAGACAAAAUGUGGACAAUUGCAUAUGUUCUACAUUAGGAUAGGUUCCUGGCUAGGAUUUUAAUAAUUCUUAAUUGCAGUUUAACAGGUACAAGGAUUAGGCAUCUUUUUUAGGAACUAUAGUGUAAUGCAAAGUAUCUUUUAUGAAUCUCAUAUUAGCAGUAUAAAAUAAUGUGAGAAGCAAUUCUGCAAUAGCUGAGAAAAAUAAGCAUCUUCCCAUCCAUUAAAAAAAUAUGAAUAGAAAGGACAACUUGAAAUUCCUGGGACCAUAUUUAUUUAGAAGUAACUGUUAGUACAACAUUAGGAGUCAGGCCAUGAGGUUAUUUAUGCAAAUCUCUAACCGAUUAGAUUUGACUUUUUUAGCCAAGCUUACACAAGUCUCUUUAUAAGGCAUUCACUUCAUUAUGCUCCACAGUUUUCUGCAAUUCUUCACACUCCUCAGGAUUAUCACUACCUCAGGUUAUGGCAUACAGGCAGGCUAUAGCCGAUGCUGACUUCCAGGUGACUGCAGACCUUAUUAAUGACGUUCGGACAUCAGGGCAGUCCCCUUACUACGUUCUUCCCUAUGAUGAAACUGACAUCACCAACUGUAGCAGAAACCUGGGUUUUGCCCACACAACGGGUUGCUCUCUUGUGCAUUUCUCCAGCUGAAUUUUAAAAGUUGGUGAGGCAGUUUACCAAUAGAAUUUAGACAUGAUAGAAAGUCUACAAUAAAGAAUCUCAAACCACUUAAGCAGUAAUUCAUUAAAUUACUAAUAUAAACUAUGGAAGACACUCAAAAAACUUAAAAGAAUGAAUCUAACUUGAAAAUGAAUACAAAAAUAUGAUUAACAUGAAGAAGAGAAUCCUGAGUCAAAAACAAAAUCCCUUUCUGUUUAGCUUAGAAUUUUCCUACUGGCACGUAACAGAUUGUCCCAAGUUGGAUAUAAGGGUAUGUAACCUACUAUAUUCCCUUGUAACAAAAUGGAAGACUGAUGUUAAGAAAUAAUAAAACUAUAUUAUCAGAGACUCAGAAUGGCUGAAAGUCCUGGUUCUGAAACGUUCUACCAUGGUUAAAACUGGCAGGGG